AAAACAUCUAGUGCCCAGAAAGCCAAUAUUUCAACAAAAAACGUUAAGAACAAAUAACGUAUUAGUGAAGAAAAAGAAAAAAUCAUACGUGGCUAAAAUAUGCAGGGUUUCAAAGACAUCCACGCGAUUGGGUUCAGUUUGGGAGCCCAUGUGCCGGCAGUAGCUGCCAAUUACUUGGGCAAAUAUAAAAUUUCGAGGAUUACGGGAUUGGAUCCAGCAGGGCCGUUUUUUACAUUCGUCGGAUCGGAUGCAGUCUUGGACGCUGGAGACGCCGACUUUGUGGACGUCUUCCAUACCAACGCUAAGAUCCAAGGGAUGUAUCGUAGGAGUGGACACGUCGAUUUUUACUUUAAUCGCGGGACGAGCCAACCCGGAUGUGAAAAUAUGGACUUCAACUGCUAUCAUAGCAGAGCCGCGGUUUAUUUCGCGGAAUCUAUAAUUUCGACUGAAGGUUUUUGGGGCCGCCCAUGCGAUCUGGAAGACCUAAGCAGCUACAAAUCCGGAAAAUGUUCAUCUAGCCAUCCAAUGAUUCUUGCCGGGGAAUAUGUUGGUAAAAGUGCAACUGGUUCUUAUAGUGUUAUUACUAAUUCUCAAAGUCCUUUCGCAAAAGGACGUUACUGAUAAUAUGAAAAUUUUAUUGUCUUAUAAUAUUACAUGUAAAAUUACGUUAUUAAAAAUUAUUUAAACAAACGAAAUCUGUAAGUUAACAAUAGAUCAAAUUGAACGGAAUAUAGUAUAGUGCUGGAUAGCUCAACUGGUAGAGCACUCGGCGCGAUACCGAAUUGGUCUGGGUUCGAUUCCCAGUUCGGGCUAUCUAUAUUUUUCUCAAUUUAUCUAUAAAUUGUCUUAUUGAGAAGAUUGCAUAUUAGGUUUCCACUAUAUUUAAAAACAAUAAUUAUAGUCACCUUAUCGAAAAAAUUCUACUCUCUUAAUUUGAAUCAGUGAGAAAUCCACUGGUUCAUUCAGUGAGUAAAAAAGUCACAGGUGAAUCAGUGAGAUUCAAAGUUGCUCACUGGUAAACCAGUUAGUAUUGGGUUCACUGAUUCAAACCAGAGCAAAAUUUAAGUACCUCAAGUGUCCGUUAUCAGCAGUGAGCUAUGAUUUGUAUAACAUGAUGUUUGUUUAUUUAUGUCGAUUGAAUUAAUUAAUUAAUACAUUUCACGGUAAAUUGUGACCCUUUUAUUGCAUUUUCUAAUUUACAUAAAUUAUAUUAUGUUUUUAAUUUAAGCUAUUCUUCAAGCCUUGAUAAUUUUUAUAAUUUAAUCGACCAUUGUAUUCGUAAAAUCCUUGUAACGACAGCUCAUUGUUUGAUUAUAUACGUUUAUUUUAUUUUGUACAUAAUACAGUUUUGUUUUUGUAAAGUUCAUAUUUUAUUAUGUAGGAAUACUGCAAUAAUGUCCCCAAUAACCCGACUUAGCGCACCACAUACUGCAGCAAUCCUCAUGUAU